AGGCAGCAUUUUCCUCCUGUGAGUCCAGACACCCGGACCUCUUCACGUCUCUAGAGCUUUCUCUUCCAGUGUUCUAGAAAUCUGACUGUCACACCUGCUCUGUUUUUUUAUUCUUUCAGCUUCUUCUCUCAUUGCAUCCGACAGUGUCAGCAUGAGUGCUAAACUGUGGACAGAGGAACAGUUUAACUGCCCCGUGUGUCUGGACCUCCCAAAUGAUCCGGUCACCAUCCCCUGUGGGCACAGCUACUGCAUGGGUUGCAUCAAGGACUACUGGAGCAAGGAUGAUCCCAAGGGGAUCUACAGCUGCCCACAAUGUCGUCAGACCUUCUGCCCAAAGCCCUCCCUGUCCAGGAACACCAUGCUGGCUGAGGCCGUAGAGCAGCUCCGCAAAGGGGCCCACAAAGCUGACGUGCGUGAGUCCAUGCGAAGCGCCCGUGGGGUCGCCUCGUCUUCAUCCAAAUCCAAAGAGAAGCUCUCCUCCUCAGAUGUGACAUGCGACUUGUGCAAAGGAGAACAGCGACGGGCGGUCAGGAGCUGCCUGGUGUGUAUGAGCUCAUACUGCGAAGCCCACCUGAAGCCCCACAAGACCAAGAAGUCCCUGAAGGAGCAUGAGCUGAUCGCACCCACGAGCAAUCUGGCUGAGAAGAUUUGCACCCAGCACAAGUACCUUCAAGAGUUCUACUGCCGCCAGUGCAAGAUGUUCGUCUGCUGGCUGUGCACCAGCAACCAACACAAAGGCCACGAGUGUGUGUCCACGAAGGCUGAGCGCCUUGAGAAACAGAAAGUGCUGUCAGAGAUGCAGGCGGAGAACCAGCAGAGGCUGAAAGACAGAGAGCAGGAGCUGAAAGACAUGAAGAAGAUGAUGGAGGCGAUGAAGCGUUCUGGAGAACGGGUGCAUGGUGACUCGGAGCAGGCGCUGUCGGAGCUGCUGCGCUCAGUGGAGCGUCUGCAGGAGCUGCUGGAGGACGUUCUGGAUCAGGCCGGCCUGGAGAAGAUGAACCAGGCUCAGGAGGUCACGGACAGCCUGGAGGCCGAGAUCAAGGAGCUGAAGAAGAGGGACACGGAGAUGAAGGACCUGGCCCGCUGCGAGGACCACAUCUACUACCUACAGACAUGUGAGUCCAUGUGCAUCCCUCUGGAGACGGGGGACUUGCCCCCUGUGAUGGCUAAUCCAGAAGCUUCCUUUGAGCCUGUACGAGAAGCCAUCCUGGACCUCAGGGAGAAAGUGGAGGACCUGUGUAACCAGGAGCUGAGCAAGAUCACCAAACAAGUCAAUGACACGACACUGUUUACCUUGGGAGACCCCAACCGGCAGAAAGGAGGGAUUUUUAAAUUGUUUUCUGGACUGGCUUCUCGCAACACAAACAGUCGUGCACCAGCUCCCACACCCUCACUCGGAGUGCGGGGUACAGACAGACGAGGACUUGGCAUAGGCCUUAAAAGCCUAGACGUGAGGAGCAGAGACACACCGCGAGACAGAGGAAACACAAGCUCACCCAGACAGAGAAGAGAGGAAAGAGAGACAGUGAGGGAGACCAACCCAAGACCGAGCCCCAGGCCUAGCCCCACUCCCAGCCGCAGAGAGUCUCAGUCUCUUUGGAGCAGGUCCAGUCAGAUCCAGCCUGCAGCCCCAGCCCCAACUCCAAUCCAAGCUACCCCUACCCCUACUCCUGCUCCAGCUCCAGCUCCUGCACAAGCAACUGGUUUCAGUCGGAUGGCAUCAAUCAGCAGCCUCUUCCGCUCCCAUCGGCGUGGCACCACCCCCGCUACCCCAGUCAACAACACACCGCCUGCAGGAGGAAACCCAUGGGGGAUGUCUGCUGUACCUGAAACUCCAACAGAAAUUAACCCCGAUCUCUUUUUGGAUCUGCCCACACCCAAUCACACUCCUGCUUUCCCUGCAUUCAGAGAAAUCAACCUUGACAGCAUCCAGGCCCCAGAGCCAAGGACCAGAGAGGAGUUCCUACAGUACUCUGUGUCCUUGACCCUUGAUCCCAACACGGCUCACAGACGGCUGGCUCUCUCCGAAGGCAACACUAAAGCCACCCUGCAGGCGGCAGGGCAGCCCUACCCCGACACUCCCCAACGCUUCGAUGGCUGGACCCAGGUGAUGUCCCAGACCCCACUGUACGCAGAGCGCUCUUACUGGGAGGCAGAGUGGAGAGGCAGGGGUUCCUCUAUGGGCGUAGCCUACGGUGCGUUGAACAGGAAGGGCUCAGACGCCAGGUCCGGGCUCGGUUACAACGCCCAGUCCUGGACCUUGGAGCUGUCGGACACCUGCUGCGCAGCCAUGCACGACAAUGACAAGAGGGACAUACCAGUCACCUAUUCCCCCCGCCUGGGCAUCUACCUGGACCUGUCCAUGGGGACGCUGGCGUUCUACAGCGUGGCAGAGAGCAUGACACACCUUCACACCUUCCGAGCCAACUUCACCCAGCCGCUCUACGCCGUCUUCGCGGUUGGCAGCGGUGUCGGGGUGGGUCUGGACUUUGCUCUUGGUCAGUUCAGCUCCAGCACCGACAGCGUCAAGCUCUGUCCCAUGUGAGGAGACUGAACCUGAACAUCCCAUGGGCCUGAGAUAAGGAUAGUGGCUGAAAACUGAAACUCCCCCGCUUUUUUCUGUUAAAGGCCCGCGGCCGCGUUGAAAUGUUCAACCAAGCAGUGAUCACUCAGAUGAACACAAACCCGACCUCCAAAUCCCACCGAGUGCAACGGAUAAAUACAAACAUGGCUUUAACAGGAACAAAUCAUAACAGUGCUGGCUUCUACUUAAGGCCUCAUACCAUUUAAAAACACACAAAACUAAAAAGACCCGGCGUCUGAUGGGGUUCUGACCUCGCCUUCAGCCUGGCCCCACCCGUCUGCCGACAGGUGCAUGCUGGGACCCUGUGGGCAAGGUCACUUGACGUGUCAUGCAGACGCUUCGCAGGAAGGGGCACGGCACAUGGACGGUCACCAGACAUCCGUGCAACAACGGACUACUGUAAAAUCAUUAUAAUAAUACUGGCAUGUUGAUAGCAUGGUCUGACUACAAGAUUAGCAUGGCAGUAUGCCGUUAAGCCAGCUAGCACUUAGUCUUCUAGUCAGUAAGUAAUAAAAGUAUGUUGAAUCACUUCC